AUGAGUUUCACAAUCUACAAGCCGGUGGCCAAGACAGAUCCCGCCAAUGACAACGAGCAAACGCCAUCCAGUCUAGGAGCUAGCUGUAAGAUGGAUACACAGUGUGGAUUCUGGAUGUACCGACCGGCCUGCUUGCAACCUCUGGCAAAAAUUGGCGUCUUCUCCGUUCUCUACGGCUUUGCCAGUUUGAUGACGCAAACUCUGACUCAUUAUGUAAACUCUCAGGUGACAACACUGGAGAGACAGUUUGGCUUCAGUUCAUACCAAACCGGCAUCAUUAUGGCAGCCAACGACAUCGGGUACCUGGCCUGUGUGUUGUUUGCGGCUUAUCUGGCACCUCGGACGCACAUUCCUAGGUCUCUGGGAAUAGCAGUGAUCAUUUACGGCAUCUCCGGCAUAUCCUGUUCCCUCCCCCACUUCCUGUUUGGAGCAUCCGUCAACAAAGAUCCAACAACAGACAACAGCAACAGCACAGAAUCCAACUUCAGCAAACAGGCGGCUGUUGUAGGCAGCUUGUGUGACAUCUUCAACAUCAGCGGGGAUCCUUGUGGGAUUGAUACAGCAAAAACCGUUAAAGACACCGGGGCUACCUCAGACAAAACCUCCCUGAUCAUAAUUGUGAUCGGCAUGGCGCUCCAGGGAUUUGGCAAGGCGCCAAGGUCAUCGUUCGCCAUCACUUAUGUGGAUGAUAACACAGCCAGGGUCAAUACUGGGUUUUAUGCAGGUAUCAUGGCUUCCAUGUCUAUACUGGGCCCAUUUGCCGCGUUUCUAUUGGGCGGUGUCUUCAGCCGGAUGUACGUCACACUAGAAGCCACACAGCUGACGCCACGUCAUCCUAAAUGGAUCGGGGCCUGGUGGUUGGGUUACAUCGUGUUUGGGCUGCUCUCUCUGGUUGUGUCCAUCCCGCUCUUCUGUUUCCCGCGCAGACUGCCUAGAAAGAAGGUCAAGGACAUUUCUGUGGAGGAGAAAACGAUCACAGGGUAUUUUCGACAUAUUGUCAAACCUAAUUUGUAUUCCCCCCACCUUUCCCCCUCACCCCUGACAGAAAUUGUGGCAUCCUUGUGGCGGCUGCUCACAAACCCUGUCUUCAUCUGUCUCCUAUGCUCCUCAUGUUUCCUCAUGUUCAAUGCUGCAAGCGACUUUGCCUUUUCCCCCAAGUACCUGGAGAGGAUGUUUCAUCUACCGACUCAUACAAGCAAUUACAUCACAG